AUGCGUCUCUCUGUUCCCAUCUUCCUUUUGCUGUGGGUUAAAGCCCUGACAUUGAAAAACCUCAGUUAUUCCGUCCCGGAGGAGCAAGGACCCGGCACCGUCAUAGGUAAUAUCGCGAAAGACGGCGGAUAUGAGACCCUGGAAAGAGGGAAAAAAUCCAACUUCAGAGUGUUGGAGAAUUCUGCACCACACCUGGUGGACGUCGACCCGGAGAGUGGACUUAUUUUCACCAAACAAAGGAUUGACAGGGAGACGUUAUGCAGGCGGAACCCAAAGUGCCAGCUCUCCAUGGAAGUGUUUGCCAAUGACAAAGAAAUAUGCAUGAUCAAGAUCGACAUACAGGACAUCAAUGACAACUCGCCCAAUUUCCCCUCGGAUCACGUUAACAUCGAUAUCUCGGAGAACGCGGCCGCGGGCACGCGCUUCCCGCUGACUAUUGCACAUGACUCGGAUACCGGGGAGAACGGCAUCAAGACUUAUCAGGUCACCAGAGAUGAUUACAAUACAUUCUCGCUGGAUUUAAAAGUACGAGGCGACGGGACUAUCUAUCCGGAGCUGGUGGUUCAGCGACCUUUGGAUAGGGAAGACCAGAGCCAUCACACCCUCCUGCUCACUGCCAUAGAUGGCGGCGAGUACCCGAGAUCAGGCUCCAUGCAAAUCAAUGUCAGGGUGACGGAUUCCAAUGACAAUAGCCCCGUUUUUGAGAAAUCCUCCUAUACGCUGGAACUCCCGGAGAAUUCCCCGCCCGGAAAAGUACUCAUAGAUUUGAACGCCACCGAUCAUGACGAAGGGAGCAACGGACAGGUGGUUUACUCCUUCACAGGAUACGCAUCUGAGCGAGUGCAGGAUUUGUUCUCCAUUGAUCCCAAUACUGGAGUCAUCAAGGUCCAGGGUGAAAUUGACUAUGAAGAGAAUCCAAUUAUAGAAUUUGAUGUGCAGGCCAAGGAUCUUGGGCCGAACCCCAUACCGGGCCAUGUGAAAAUUACUGUCAAAGUGCUUGACAAAAACGACAACUCGCCAAUAAUCAGUUUUGUUUCUGUGCGGCAGGGUGCCAUCAGCGAGGCGGCACCCUCCGAAUCUGUCAUCGCGCUUGUCAGAGUGACGGAUAAAGAUUCCGGACGAAACGGUCAGCUCCAGUGCCGCGUUCUGGGAAAUGUUCCUUUUCGGCUGCAGGAGAACAAUGACAAUUUUUACACGUUACUCACCGACAGACCUUUGGAUCGGGAAACCAAGGACGAAUACAACGUCACCAUCGUGGCCAGAGACAACGGCAUCCCCUCUUUGAACUACACCAAGUCGUUCACUGUGAAAAUCCUGGACGAGAACGACAACGCACCCCGUUUCACGAAAGUCGUUAAUGUGCUACAGGUGCCCGAGAACAACAUCCCGGGCGAGUAUCUGGGCUCCGUGCUGGCCCACGAUCCGGAUGUAGGCCGCAACGGCACGGUGACCUACUCCAUUUUGCCGUCGCACAUCGGCGAAGUGUCCGUUUAUACGUACGUGUCUGUCAACCCCACCAACGGAGCCAUAUACGCGUCGCGCUCUUUUAACUACGAGCAAACGAAGUCCUUCGAGUUCAAAGUUCAGGCUAAGGACGGAGGCACCCCUCACAUGGAGAGCACCUCCACCGUCAGGGUCAACAUCCUUGACGUAAACGACAAUCUCCCGGUGAUCAUUUUACCGCUCCUUCAAAACGACACGGCCGAAAUCCCAGUGCCUCGGAACGUGGGUAUCGGCUACAUCGUGGCCACGGUGAAGGCGGUGGACCACGAUCACGGAGAGAGCGGCCACUUGACAUACGAGAUCACGGAAGGGAACGACGACCACCUGUUUGACAUGGAUCCGAUAGGUGGGGAGGUCCGGACCACUCACGCCCUGUGGGAAGAGGUCUCGCCCGUGGUGGAGCUGGUAGUUAAGGUAACCGACCACGGGAAGCCGCCCUUGUCCGCCGUGGCUAAACUGGUCAUCAAGGCGAGCGCGGAAGUGGCAGCAGGUGGCGGGGGCUCUGGCAUGAGCGGCGAGCGGCAGCACUGGGACGUAUCCCUACCUCUCAUCGUUACCCUCUGCAUUAUCUCUGUCAUGCUCUUAGCCGUCAUGACCGCCAUCGCCGUCAAGUCCAAGCAUCAAGAUAAAGAGAGCGGGAAUUAUAACUGCCGCAUGCCCGAGUACUCCAAUCCUCCGGUGGGGAAGGGCAAGAAGAAGCGGAUCAACAAGAGUGACAUCAUGCUGGUGCAGAGCGAGAUGGAGGAGAGAGAUUCGGCUAGCCGCAUGAACGUGGUGAGCAGCCCCUCGCUCAUUACCUCGCCUAUUUGCUUCGACUACCAGAGCCCCCUGCCGCUCACGCUGCCCAGGUCCGAGGUCAUGUACCUGAAAACCACCCCUAACAGCCUGACGGUACCCAGGGCAGGUUGCCACUCCAGCUUUGCCGGGCUGAGCACGGACACUCCGGCAAACAGGAUGUCGGUGAUCCAGACAGAAAACUUCCCCUCUGAGCCUAAUUACGGUGGCAGCAGGCAGCCGUUUGUUCAAAGCUCUACAUUUAAGGAUGCAGAACGGGCGAGCCUCCGAGACAGUGGCCAUGGUGAUAGCGACCAGGCCGAUAGUGACCAGGAUACUAAUCGAGGCUCCCAGUGCGACGCGUCUGCCAGGGAGGCCCUCAAGAUGAAAGCCACAUCGGUUAACGGGCAGCCUUUCGAGCAGGAACAAGACAAAUCAGUCCACUGCACCGAUGAGUGUCGCGCACUGGGACACUCUGACAGAUGCUGGAUGCCAAAGUUACGGAUCGGAAGCCAAGCAGACAGCGCCGAUAAUCGCACCAACCUUUUCAUCCCCGUGGGAAUGGAUGCCAUGGUAGAGACAGAGAUUUAUGGCACCAUCAGCCGCGGCAGUCGGAAAACCCUCAGCACUUUCGGGAAGGAGCAGCGGGACAGCACCGUCCUCGUGGCCAACGUCAAACCCUACUUGAAAUCCCAGCGCGCGCCGUGCCCGCCCCCGCUGCAGGAGAGUCCGCCGGCCCCCGGGAGCCCCACCAAGAGCGGGACGACCCCGCCGGACGCGGACGAGCGAGAGCUGAAGGAGGAGCGGGAGGGGGGCUCAGACAGCAGUGCCUACGGCCCGCCGGACGGCCAGUGCUCGCCGCUGCGCACCGCGCUGGAGGAGCCCUCCUACCUGACCCGCGACCUCCGCCCCAAGGCUCUGUCCAGCAGCCUCAUUCACAGCGCCGUCAUCAGCCAGGAGUGCGGCGUGGCCGAGUACGAGCCGCGGGACUCGGGGAACUGA